CGCCCCUGCCGCUUUAUAUUGACGAAGCUCCAAACGUGACGGUAGUGACUGAAUGCAGUGGUUUUGGCAGCCCAGGCCUGCUGAUGAGAAGAAUGGAAUUCUUUUAAUGGGUUGCAAAACCAGCGAAGAUUUGGUCUACAAAUACAAAGAACACCAGCUUUGGAGUCGGUUCAGACCUUUGCUGUACAGCUGAAAUCUUGGGCAGCUUGUUCAUUCUGACAUGGCAGAAAAACCAGUCUGCACGGCCACACAAACGCCGGAUGGUGAAGACAUACAAAGAGAAGAUAAUAUCCGUUGCUUAACUAUGCUUGGUCAUUUUGGUUUUGAAUGUUUGCCUCAUCAGUUGGUGAAUAGAUCUAUUGAACAAGGAUUCUCUUUUAAUAUUCUCUGUGUGGGGGAAACUGGACUUGGAAAAUCAACACUGAUGGACACACUGUUUAAUACUAAUUUGAAAGAAAAAAUGUCCUCACAUUUUCACCCAAAUGUUGAACUUAAAAUUCAGACAUAUCAACUACAGGAAAGCAAUGUUCAGUUGAAAUUAACUGUUGUGAACACAGUGGGAUAUGGUGAUCAAAUGAGCAAAGAAGCCAGCUACCAACCAAUAGUUGGCUACAUAGAUGCUCAAUUUGAGGCCUACUUUCAAGAAGAGCUGAAAAUCAAACGUUCCUUUGUUGACUACCAUGAUUCUCGCAUCCACGUGUGCCUUUACUUCAUUUCACCUACAGGACAUUCUCUGAAGGCCCUUGAUCUCUUAACCUUGAAGAACAUUGACAGUAAGGUGAAUGUUAUACCACUGAUUGCCAAAGCAGAUACAAUUUGUAAAAGUGAUUUACAGGCAUUUAAGUAUAAGAUAAUGAACGAAUUGAUUAGUAAUGGCAUCCAGAUAUAUCAGUUCCCAACAGAUGAAAAAACUACUGCUCAAGCGAACUCCUCAAUGAAUGAACACUUACCUUUCGCUGUGGUGGGGUGUCUGGAUGAGGUGAAAGUUGGCAAAAGGAUGGUGAGAGGCCGGCAGUACCCUUGGGGAGUUUUACAAGUGGAAAAUGAAAAUCACUGUGACUUUGUUAAGCUCCGGGAUAUGCUUCUUUGUACAAAUACGGAAAACCUGAAAGAACAAACCCACACUCUGCACUAUGAACGGUACAGGCGCUUCAAACUGCAGAAAAUUGGCUUCACUGAUGUGGGCCCAGACAACCAGCCAAUUAGUUUUCAAGAGAUCUAUGAAGCCAAAAGACAGGAGUUCUACAGCCAAUGCCAGAGGGAAGAAGAAGACUUGAAAUAUAAGUUUAUGCAGCGAGUGAAGGAGAAGGAAAUAGCGUUUAAAGAAGCUGAAAAGGAACUACAGGACAAGUUUGAGCAUCUUAAAAGAGUCCAGCAAGAGGAGACAAUAAAACUUGAGGAGGAGAGAAGACAAUUGGAAGAAGAAAUAAUGAAUUUUUAUAAAAUGAAGGCUGGCUCUGAAAUAUUGCAGACUCAGGCUUGCACCAAUGUCAAAAAGGAAAAAGAUCGUAAGAAAUAGUCCUUUCUUUCCCUUCUCUGCUGUAGCGCCCUGUCUCUCUCGAUCCUAUCUUCCUGGGAGGUUGUCUUCAUAGCUCUUAACUCUGAUUAAAGUUCUACUAAUUUUAAAAAUUUGUCCCCUUAUUGUAUAUUUUCUCCAACUCUCAAGAGCAGGCACCUUGACCCUCUCGUUAGCUGCCAUGUCCUCAGCAUUUAAACCAAAGAUUAGCUGGCUCUCAAUAAGUGUUUGCUAAAAUGAAAAUAAGAUCAAAGAAAUAUAUGGCGCAGUGUAAAAAGUGUUUAUUAGCUGUAAAAGUUCUUUUAGCAUGGCCCUGCCUGUGGCUCCGGUAUACAAGUAUGGUUGCUUUUGAAAGAAAUCUAAGUAGAUGAUUUGUUGGGGAGCCAUAGGCAUAAAAUAUUGUUAUAAAAAGCUAUGUUAGGCAUCAUUCUCCUUAUCAAAAUCUACUGAUAGUGAUUUCUUGAUAGUUACUAUAAUAAAAAAAAGAUUAAGUGUUUUAUUAGAACUCCUAUACUUUGAUGUCAGUCCUUAUAAAACUAAUAUUCGGAGGUUAGAGAGAGCCAGAGAACAAUGAGAAACCGUGAGUCACAUUUUGACGACAAUAUUACACCUUCCGGAUUUUUGGAUAUGUGUUAAGAGUUAUCAAAGUAUUAGAAAAUAAGGCUAUUAUUUUGUAAUUUCAAAAAUUUCCUUCCAGCAUGACAGUCAUACCAGUUCUAUAACACAUAUAGUGUAGUGUUAUGAACACUUGUAAUUACAGUAAUGUUUCUAAAACACACUUGCAAGCUGCAGUGAACACAGUGUUAUUUCAGUGAGUGGACGUGAUACACAUUCUUUAACCCAUGUGUCAAUGUGUUUAAGAGCACGUGUAGUUAGGUUUUGCAAUUAAAGUCCCAAGCUCUGCUGUGCACAGUGUAUUUCAGUGACUGGAAGGGACAGCUAUUCUGUAACACAUCUCGGGGAGGGUUUAAGGACAUUUGAAACAAGCAUGUUUCAAACAAAGCUGGAUGCAAGCUGCAGUAGUGUAAUGCUAUUUCAGGCAGGGGAGGUGAUGCUCAUUCUGUAAUGCGUGCUGUGAAGUAUUUAAGAACCCUUCUAAUAUAGUAAAGUUUUGGAAAACAUUUGUAAUGAAGAUAGCUCUAUAAGCGCCACUUGCAAAUUAUGCUCAGGCGAGUUAAAUUACUGAAUAAAAGUAAUUGCUAUUUUGUAAUGCAUGUAAUGAUGUGUUUAAGAAUGCUUGUAAUAAAGCUGUUUCUAACAACUAGGAUAGUUUUAAAUCAGUAAGUGGAAACGGGCCCUACUGUGUACUGCGUGGACUGCUUAAGGAUAUUUGCGGUAAAGAAUGUUUGUGAGGAUGCUACUUGCAAGUGGCAUUGAGAACUGUGCUAUGUCAGUGACUUGAGGUGACACCCAUUCUGUAAGAAGUGUGGCGAUGUAAGUCAGUUCACAUUUUAUCAAUAUAUUUCUUAAGAAUGUUAUUGGGAAGUUUAUUUCAGACCAGGGUUAUAUAGGUGAGUAGAAGUAAUCCUGGUCUCUAAUGCACGUAGGAAGUGUUUGAUAACAUUUGUAAUAAAGAUGUUUCUAAAAAUGCUACUUGCAGGCUGCAUUCAUACUGGGGUUCUAUCAAUAAAAGGAAUUGACCCUCAUCUGUAAUGCAUGUAGUGACUUGUUUAAGAGCACUUGUACUAGAGAUGUUCUCAGUGUGAUCCUCGCAUGCCGCAUUCAGACCAGUGUCACAUCAACCACUGUAAGGAAUCCCCAUUCUGUGCUGCAAGUAGGGUAGUGUUUCAGAGCGGUUGUAACAAAGCUAUUUCUAUAAGCACAACUUGUAGGCUCUGCUGUUCCCAGGUUUUAUCAGUGAAGGGAAGUAAUCCUCAUACCAUACAUGUAAUGAAGUGUUUAUGAACAUGUGUAAUGAUGUUUAUAGAGAAUGCUAAUGGCAAACUGCAUUGAGACCAGUGUUGUACCAGUCAAUGUAAGCGAUCGCAUUCUGUAUGCAAAUAUUGAAGUGUUUAAGUGCACUUUUAAUAAAAUGUUUCUA